AUAUAUUUAUUGAGUUUGAGAAUUGUACAUGAUGAAAUUACAUAGUAUAGUCUUUUUAGGGUCGACCAAAAAAAAAAAAGGGUCACGGGUUCGAGGCAGCAGGUAUGGCGUAUUUUUUGUCAUUUUAAACAAAGUAUUUUUAAAAUUAUUAUGAUAUAUAUUAAGGUAUAAUAAAAUAGUAUGUGAAUAUUUCAAAAUACAUCCUGAAGAGAGUUCCAACCUAACUCUUUUAAUAAAGUGUAUUCAUUAUAGAUAUGUCUACACUCAAAGCUGUUAUUGACUUAUUUCUACUGGUAAAAUCGUUUUUAUAAAAGAAUAGAUAUGUCAAGUUCGAAUUUUAAUAGCUGCACAAAAUUUCUUAGCAAUUGACUCUUGUCGCUGACUCAUAAAUAUUAUAAUUAAGUUUCGACCUAUAACUUUUUACAAUUUUAAAAAAACUCUCAAAUAGAUUUUAAAAACCCAAAGGUCUGAUGCCUAGCUAUCAUGUGAACAUUUGGAUGGUUUUACCUUCUCCAUUAGACGAUGAAACUCCUUGGAAUGAGAUGCCUUUGAAAUGAGAUGGUCAGAGUCGUCUGAUCCAAAUCGAUUUGAGAACAAAGUAGACAGAGAGGUCAUAGGUGUCAUCCUCAGCCAUGAUAACAUAAUGAAGUUUCUAGGCUUGGUAACAUUUCAGCCAUAUUUAAUGAUUAUUUUCCAGCGAUUAAAAAAAGCUUAUGAAAGCUUCAUAUCUCCUAUGUGAACAAAUUUGUUUUCAUAUUCCAUAUAAUUAAAACAUCAAUCGGUCGUAGAUAUACAAUAAGACUACAUGACAAUCAGUAUACUAGAAAGAAAUUCUGAUAACUCUAGUUGACAUCUUCUACGGUGUAACUUAUUAUACUAUUAAUAGAGUGGAGAAACAACUUAAAAACUUCUAAAACAACAUAUUUCUAUAUAUGUCCAAAUCGUGUUUUAAAACGGCAUAAGCUAUUUAAUUCAUAUACAAUUGUGUGCAUGUGUACAUAUGGAUCUUUUGCACUCUCAAAAGCAAUCCUAAGUUUCUUUCUUUUCUUCCCCACUUUUUACAAGUUUUCUCACAAAACUUAUGUCAUGGAAAUGGGGAAUAACACGAAUUUAGAUACGGGGAACUAUGGAGAUACGGAGCUUGACAUAGAAUGGGUAAAUAAUUUGGCUUGGUAUGGUAAAGCUGUGAGAAGUGACGGUUUUAUAUGCGAGGUACAUCCAGGUGAGUUAUCUUCAUAUGGCAUUUGGGAGAAGGUUCCUUUCAACAAAGUUCGUCUUCACAUUUGGCAAUAUCCUCUUCCCAAUCUCGAGCUUGUCAUCUUGUUUGUGUUCGUCCUUUGGCAAGUCUUUGAUAUUUUGUUCAAGAAAUUAGGUCUUUUGAUUCCAAAGUUCGCCUCUAUGAUGCUUGCAGGGCUACUCUUGAACGUUCUACUUACAGUUUCGGGAGACAAGUCCAUUAUUCAGGAGAUUUUAUUCCCCGAAAACAGAAUCGACAUUCCCGGAUGCCUUGGAUCAUUUGGCUUCAUGAUGUUCUGGUUCCUCAAUGGUGUGAAAAUGGAUGUCAAAACAAUCUUCAAGGCUGAAGCACAUGCAAGACUCACUGGAGUUGCAGCGGCUGCUCUUCCUAUAACGGUUGGCUUACUGCUUUACAAAUAUAAAUCACUUGAGAAUAGACCGCUCAAAGCCAUAGAGUAUAAUACGUUGCUGCUAAUGGAGAGCCUCACGUCCUUCUCGGAAAUCGCGAGACUCUUGCUUGACCUCGGCAUGAACCACUCGUCGGUUGGUCAGGUGGCUUUAUCCACAUCUGUAGUCUCUAAUACGGUUGGACUAAUGUUCUGGUUGGUAAUAGUUCCUCUUGGUUUUCAAUCAUUGGUUCAAGGUGUAGGUCUACUUCUACAAAUGUUCUUCUUUAUCGUCAUUGUCUUUGCUGUUGUGAGGCCAAUAAUGUUUAAAGUAAUCAUACGGAAACGAGAAGGGAGACCUAUAGAAGACAAAUACAUCUAUGUGAUUCUCGUCAUGGUUUUCUUGUCGUGUAUGUAUUGGGACGGUCUUGAGCAGUUUCCAGCACUUGGAGCUUUCAUUCUUGGUCUUUCUAUUCCUAAUGAACAUCCUAUUGGUUCUGCGUUGGUCGAACGAUUAGAGAGCUUCAAUUUUGGUAUUGUAUUGCCUCUCUUCAUGUCAGCUAGUAUGCUAAGGAGUGAUAUAAGAGUUUGGAAAGAUAUUUUAACAUUCUAUAGCAGCAAUGACAAGAAGUUCGCAGUUGCGUCUCUCGUCUUUCUCAUCUUCUUGUUGAAGCUUUCUGUCUCAAUGAUCGUACCUUACCUCUUUAAAAUGCCGUUGAAAGACUCCAUUAUUCUUUCCCUUAUCAUGUCUCAUAAAGGUAUAAUAGAAUUAAGUUUCUACCUUUUCUCUUAUGGCCUCGAGCUUUUGGACAGAGAUACCUUCUCGAUCCUAGUUUUGUCUAUUCUCCUAAACUCAUUGUUCCUACCAAUGGCGAUCCGAUUUCUCUAUGACCCAUCAAAGCGAUUCAUGUGCUACCAAAAGAGAAGUUUGGCAAGUAUGAAGAUAACUGGAGCCCUAAAGACUCUUGUGUGCAUCCAUCGACCAGACCACAUAUCUUCUAUGAUCAACCUUCUAGAAGCUUGUUAUCAAUCAGAAAAGAGCCCUCUCACUUGCUACGUGCUUCACCUUGUCGAGUUACAAGGUCAAGAAGUUCCGACUUUGAUCGCACACAAAGUACAGAAACUCGGAGCAGGGGCGGGAGCAAAAUAUUCGGAAAACGUCAUCCUCUCUUUUGAAAAUUUCCACCGUUACGUACGCGAUUCUAUUUUCAUAGACACAUUUACUUGCAUAACAAACUCGCACCAUAUGCAAGACGAUAUUUGUUGGCUAGCUCUCGAUAAAGCUGUCACGUUUAUCAUUCUUCCUUUCCACCGGACAUGGUCUCUCGACCGAACAUCCAUCGUAUCCGACAGUGAAAUGAUCCGGUUUCUCAAUUUCAACGUCUUGAAACAAGCUCCUUGCUCUGUCGGUAUCCUUGUUGAACGUCAUCUUGUUAAUAAAAAUCAAGAAUCUCAACAAAACCUUAAGGUGUGUGUGAUAUUUGUGGGAGGAGAAGACGACAUGGAAGCAUUGGCCUUUGCAAAGCGAAUGGCCCGUCAAGAGAGCGUAACAUUAACGGUUCUAUGCCUUCUAGCAGCCAAAAAGAGUAAAAAAGCGACAGGUUGGGAUCAAAUGCUCGACACAGUGAAACUAAGAGUAAGAGAGUUGGUACGAAGCAACGAUCCAGGAAACUUAAAAGAAGAAAGUUCCACGACUUACUUGGAAGAGGAGAUAGUAGAUGGAGCGGAUACAUCAAUGCUUCUACGCUCUAUAGCAUUCGAUUACGACCUGUUCAUCAUAAGCAGAACCUGCGGUCAGAACCACGCUGCGACCCUAGGGAAUGAGAGUUGGUGUGAGUUUGAGGAGCUAGGAGUCAUCGGUGAUUUUUUGGCCUCACCGGAUUUUCCAAGCAAGACAUCAGUCUUAGUAGUUCAACAACAACGAACCAUAGCCAAUAAUUAGAAGUGGAGUAAAACACUACUUGUUCCAUGUCUCUUUGUUGCUGACUCUUAUCGACUUAUUAUAUAAAUCUGAGCUGUUCAAACGUUUGUUGUAAAGAUUAUUAUAACUUACCAGAUUGAAAGCCGGUUCUCGGCACGGCCAGAUAAAACAUUCUUUUCAGCCUCUAAUUUUUUUGGCAGCAAAUGACUAUUCUAUUACUCAAAAUUGAGGUGGUCUAGAAAGUCAGACCGGAAUAUAACAACCAAUAAAACAUAAAGAUCUGUAAACGUGCAAUCCUAGCUAACGAAUCUGCUAUCUCAUUCAGCCUCUAAAUUUUAAAGAAGUAUUAUACAUAUAUUAUAUAUAGGUCGCAUGACCCCCCAAGUUUUCAGAUUUUUUUUCUUAAAUAAUCUAAAAAUAUUUGUGGUUUUUUUUUUUAAAUUUCAGAUCCGGUUGUGACCAGAUUCAUUAUAUGUAAUUAUUGAUUACAUAUAAUGAAUUAAUUAUAAUUUCAAUAAUUAUAAUUGAUUUGAUAAUUUCAAUAAUUAUUUUCUUAGAUCCUAAGGGAUGUUAUUUAAAAUACCUUAAAUUUAGUGUUAUUGGAUCAUACUUCUGUAACAAUAUUUAAAAUUAAAUUUUGAUUAAUUCAAUAAAAUUUUGAAAUCUUAUAUAUCAAAACAAAAGUCAAGACUUCUUUCAUGUGUGAUUUUUUAAUUUGGACCAUCAUUUAAAAAUCUUACUAAAUGUAUUUUAUUAAGACUAAUAAUACAUAUAAUAUUUAAAAUACUUUAAUCAUAA